AUGCCGAGUAGGAAAUUCGCUGAUGGCGAGGUGGUGAGAGGUCGGUGGCCGGGGAGUUCGCUUUACUACGAAGUGGAAAUUCUGAGCCAUGACAGCCACUCGCAGCUCUACACCGUACAGUACAAAGAUGGCACUGAGCUUGAGCUGAAGGAGAAUGAUAUCAAGCCUUUAACUUCCUUCAGACAAAGGAAAAGUGGCUCAACUUCCAGUUCUCCCUCCAGACGCCGAGGGAGUAGGUCCAGAUCGCGCUCCCGAUCCCCGGGUCGACCACCGAGAAGUUCCCGCCGAUCUGCCUCCGCUUCGCACCAGGCCGACAUGAAGGAAAUGAGGAAGGAGGUGCUUGAAGUGAAGCUGACCCCGUUGGUGCUGAAGCCUUUUGGGAACAGCAUCAGCAGAUACAAUGGGGAGCCCGAGCACACAGAGAGGGAUGGCAUGCUUCACAGAAAUGCUGAGGAAAAAUUCCAUUUGUCGGAAGAAAUUAGGUCCAUGUCUACACAGUAUAGCCUUCGUCCAAGAAGAGAGGAGAUCAAAUUAAAAGACAUAGAUUCUAAGGAAGAAAACAUUGUUCCAACAAAAGGAUCUACAUUACUGAAAACCUCUGAAGUGCUGGGCACACAGCCCAAGAGCCUGGAGUUUGGUGGAGUCCCUGGUGUGUUUCUCAUCAUGCUUGGCCUGCCCACCUUCCUCUUCCUGUUGCUAUUGCUGUGCAAAGAGAAGGAGCCCAGUCUCCUGAAUUUCCCGCCUCCUAUGCCAGCUUUGUCUGAGUUGUGGGACACCAGAGCGUUUGCGAUCUACUUCUUCUGGUUUUCCCUUCAGGCUCUGUUCUACAUAUUGCCAAUUGGGAAGGUUGUGGAAGGAAUGCCUCUUGCUGAUGGAAGAAGACUCAAGUAUAGAUUGAAUGGGUUCUACGCCUUCCUGUUGACCUGCGUGGCCGUUGGGGCGGCUCUGUGCCGGGGUGUGGAGCUGCACUACGUGUACCACCACUUCUUGCCGCUGGCGCUGGCCGCUGCCACCUUCGCCAUGGCCCUGAGCACCUACCUGGCCGUGCGGGCUGCAUGGGCACCCCCGGCCGCCCUGGCCCCCGCCAGCUCUGGAAAUGCCAUCUAUGACUUCUUCAUUGGCCGUGAACUAAAUCCUCGGAUUGGUACUUUUGAUCUCAAAUACUUUUGUGAACUGCGCCCUGGAUUGAUUGGAUGGGUGGUUGUGAACUUGGUGAUGCUUUUGGCUGAGAUGAAGCUACAGCAUCGAGCUGCUCCAUCCUUAGCGAUGAUUUUGGUUAACAGUUUCCAGCUCUUGUACGUGGUGGACGCUCUCUGGAAUGAGGAAGCAUUGUUGACAACCAUGGACAUCACCCACGAUGGGUUUGGAUUCAUGCUGGCUUUUGGAGACCUAGUGUGGGUUCCGUUUAUCUACAGCUUUCAAGCCUUUUAUCUCGUCAACCAUCCAAAUGAAGUGUCUUGGCCCAUGGCUUCCCUGAUCAUCGCUCUGAAACUUUGUGGAUAUGUAAUCUUCCGAUGUGCAAAUUCUCAGAAAAACGCAUUCCGGAAAAAUCCCACUGAUCCGAAGCUUGCACAUUUAAAAACCAUCCAUACUUCAACAGGGAAAAAUCUUCUAGUUAGUGGAUGGUGGGGCUUCGUUCGCCACCCCAAUUACUUGGGUGAUCUCAUCAUGGCCCUGGCGUGGUCCCUCCCCUGUGGUUUUAAGCACGUCCUGCCAUAUUUUUACGUGAUCUACUUCACCGUGCUGCUGGUGCACCGGGAAGCGCGUGAUGAGCGCCACUGUCGGAAGAAGUACGGCCUGGCCUGGGAGAAGUACUGCCAGCGGGUGCCCUACCGCAUCUUCCCCUACGUGUACUAGUCACUCCGGCCCCACGCAGCACUGGAUGCUCCCGCAGCUCUGGCUUCCACCUGCAGAAACUAGGAAACAUUCUAGAACCAGUCUUCAUUGUUGCACUGACAGGAUCUUAUUUUUCUUUUCGGGUCAGGACUAUGGAGCCAAGUGGUCUUUUAACGUAGCCAUGUUUAUUAUUAUUAAAUCACAACAACAUAAGGAAAAAUGUCAAGGUGUUAGAAUUGGCUUUCUGGUGGGAAGAAAAUCCCACCUUAAAAAUCCUUAAAAAUCUGAAAACAAAAGUCUUGUAAUUGCACUGAAAAGAAUACCAUAGAUGUCUGUGAGUUUGAUGAAUUUUCAAAUUAUGAUUGUGUCGGUGUUACUGAAAUGAAACCAGAAAUCAGCUGUUACUUUUGAAGCACAUUUCUGUCUUGUUACCUUCAGAGAAGACAAUUUUUAUCCAUUUCCUUUUGAAUUGAGUCAUUUCCUAGUUCUGUGAUUGGAAAGCACACAGAGGCCCUGCAUGAACCACCCUCCAUAAAGAGGGAUCAUUCGCAGCCACUGAUGCAGGAGACCGCCAGGAGCAGUUUGCUUACCCCCAGCUUCCAGAACUGCAUUUGAAAAUGUAAAUACAUAGCUUUUUAUGUAAUAUAUGGUGACUUCAGAUUUUUCUGUACAGUAUUUUGAAUGUGAAAUAAUUGUCAGGACGAAAUAUCUCUUUAACAAAAACAUUUGCAGUAUUUUAUAUUAAGUUUUAUGAAGUGAUACAUGUCAAUUAAAAAUCGCAAAACCAUUAGAAUUCAUUUAACGUUGUAUAAAAGAUGCUGUUAAAACAUAGGAAGGAUAUUUUCUUAAUCCAAAGUUUGUGAAUUUGGCUUCGCUACCUCAAUUGCAGGUGUUCGUUUGCCUUUAUAAACUGUUGCAGAUAGAAAAAAAUAGAAUAAAUAUAUAUUUUUGCAGUAACAUCACUAUUUAAACAUUUUUACACAGAUUGGUAUUUGAAAACUUGCCAUUUCAGGCUAAUAUUUUUGUAUGUUUUUGACUUUAAAAAAAUAAAACCGUGGUUUUGCUACUGUUGGGAUCAUGCUAUUCAUACUGUAUUUUGUACAUUCCUUAUAGUCACAAAACGCUACUCCCUGUAAAAGAGGGUGGUGUUUAUUGUUAGGAGUCUGUUCAUCUAAAAAUAAGAGUUCAAAAUCAUUUCUCUAUUUUAGUUUAAUAGAGGUGUGUAGGGUAGCUGUAGCUAUUAAAUUCUAGUUGAUACAGUCUCAGUAUUAAUUGUCCUAGAAUGGAACAGUAGCAAACUCACUAAAAUUUUAUAUUUCAAUUGUUCUCAGUAUCUUAAAUAUAGGGGAAUCUAGAGUGUAUACGUUUGGGUUUUUAAUGAUGCAUUUUCCACACGCGACAUUUACAUGUGUCGACUGGUCCUGCUCAGCCACUGGAAGGUGUGUGAUCACGAAGUUGGCUUGCUCUGGCAUCCUACGUCCUGUGGUAUUGAAAUCUUGUUUUGGGGGAAGUUGUGUUUUCUUCACCCUGAUGGAAGCAGGAGUUUUUUAUUAUGCUUUGCUCAGUGUCGGAAAGAGCGUGCCAGCGUGUUCUGUACUUGACUGAGGAAGCUGUAGGGGAGGAAGAAGGACUCAGUCUCCAGUAAUGAAAAGAGAGCCCUUACCACCAUAGAGCUGUCUUUCUGGAUAUCAGCUACGAUUUUUGGUUCAUUUUGUUUUUUGACGCAUUUGACAAGUGUAAUGAUGAAGUUUUAAGUUGGAAAUAAAAAAGAUGUUCUUUGCAUA